UUCGUUCCACAAAGUGUCGAUCUUUGCUGCAAGAGAAAACCAACCCGACCACGGAGAUUGUUUAUCCUUUUCGUUUUUAAAGACAUUUUAAACAAAUAGCGGUGACUUAUUUUAGUUUUAUACGCGUAGUACAAAUGUGAAAGGGUUUUCGGGUUGUGUUAGAAGAUUUUGAGAACUGAAAAGUGGAUUUUAAUUGAAAGUCUGGCGUAACCAUUGCGAGCUGGGGGUAAAGGAGGAGAGCUACGUAGCGAGUCGGUCAGACAGCCAGAGCCGCAGGACCACGGCACACAUUUGGGGAGUCGGGGCCCGAGAGGGAGCCUGCCAGGCCCUCGGCUUCAUGCACCCUGUCUGCCUAAAGACCACAGCCGCAGUCCGCGAUGGGAGAGACCAAGAUUAUCUACCACCUCGACGACCAGGAGACGCCGUAUUUGGUGAAAGUACCGGUUCCGGCGGACAAAGUCACUCUCGCAGACUUCAAAAAUGUCCUGAAGAAACCAAACUACAAGUUUUACUUCAAAUCUAUGGAUGAUGACUUCGGGGUGGUUAAGGAGGAAAUUUCCGACGACAACGCUAAGCUGCCCUGUGUUAAUGGCCGUGUUGUGUCAUGGUUGGUGUCUGGGGAUGGAGCUCUCACAGACGCAGGGUCUGUGGCUGACAGUUCAGAGGGACCCCCUCCUCUGGAGAGGACAGGGGGCAUCGGUGACUCCAGACCACCUUCAUACCAUGGGAAAACAGUCAGUGGCCGGGACACUCUGGACAAUGACGCAGAGACGGGCUCUGCGGCGUCACAAAGAAGAGAGAGGGAGAGACCAAGACGAAAACAUGCCAAUGAACAUGGUGGGAGGCAGAAUGGAUAUUCAUCCCGGGCAAUGGCACGCGGAGGUCCAGACUAUGACAGCUGCUCGUCUUUUAUGAGCAGUGAGCUGGAGUCCACUUCCUGCUUUGAUUCAGAGGAUGAUGAUGCGACCAGCAGGUUUAGCAGCUCCACUGAGCAGAGCUCUUCGCGGUUGAUGAGACGUCACCGGCGCCGCAGAAGGAAACCAAAGGCUUCUAAUAUGGACAGGUCGUCCUCAUUCAGUAGCAUCACAGACUCCACUAUGUCUCUGAACAUCAUCACGGUCACACUCAACAUGGAGAAAUACAACUUCUUGGGCAUCAGCAUAGUGGGACAGAGUAACGAGCGAGGAGAUGGUGGGAUCUACAUCGGCUCAAUCAUGAAGGGAGGAGCUGUGGCUGCAGACGGACGCAUUGAGCCCGGGGACAUGCUGCUACAGGUGAACGAUAUCAACUUUGAGAACAUGAGCAACGAUGAUGCAGUGCGGGUACUGAGAGAUAUAGUGCACAAACCUGGUCCUAUUACGCUGACUGUGGCCAAGUGCUGGGACCCAAACCCCCGCAGCUGCUUUGCUCUUCCCAGGAGUGAGCCUAUUCGGCCGAUAGACCCCGCUGCCUGGGUGUCCCACACUGCAGCUAUGACUGGAGUGUAUCCCCCUUAUGGGAUGAGCCCCUCCAUGAGCACAGUCACCUCUACCAGCUCCUCUAUCAGCAGCUCCAUCCCCGAGACAGAACGAUUCGAUGAUUUCCACCUCUCCAUUCAUAGUGAUAUGGGAACUGUUGCCAAGGCCAUGGCCUGCCCAGAAUCUGGUCUGGAGGUGCGGGACAGGAUGUGGCUCAAGAUUACAAUCGCAAAUGCAUUUAUUGGCUCUGAUGUGGUGGACUGGCUCUUCCAUCAUGUUGAGGGUUUCUCAGACCGGCGUGAAGCACGGAAAUAUGCCAGUAACCUCCUGAAGGCUGGGUAUAUUAGGCACACUGUCAACAAGAUCACAUUCUCUGAGCAGUGCUACUACAUUUUUGGAGACCUUUGUGGUAAUAUGGCCCACCUGUCUCUUCAUGAUCACGAUGGUUCUAGUGGAGCAUCGGACCAGGACACUGUCCCACCUUUGCCCCAUCCUGGGGCUGCCCCAUGGCCCAUGCCCAUGCCCUACCAGUUUCCUAUUCCCCAUCCCUACGAGCUUCAACAGCCCUUCCCCACUGGGCCUGGUGGUGGCAGCAUGGGAAGCCAGCACAGUGGGAGCAGUGGUUCUAACUGCAGCAAAAAUGAGGGUCGGAAAUCUGGUGGCAGUGGCAGUGAGACUGAAAUCAGGAGCCGGGCUCCAAGUGAGCGCUCAGUGGCGCCACCUAGUGAGCGCAGUGUUCGGAGCUCUGUGAGCCACCGUAGUGCCAACUCUCAUUCAAUAGGCCUUGGGCCCGGCCUGGUCUAUGGCCCCCCUGGUCUUCCCCCACAGCCCCAACAUCUCUCCAUAUCUGCCCCUGGAGCACCACAAGGCAGAGAGCUGUCCUCUGUGCCCCCUGAGCUCACAGCUUCACGGCAGUCCCUGCGAAUGGCAGUUGGAAACGCUGGAGAAUUUUUUGUUGAUGUGAUGUGAUACGGGAGAUAGAAAGCACAAACGCAGCAUUUUUGUAUCGCAUAUGGGAGGGCUGGCGGGAGGGAAGGAUGCACGCUGUAAAUGUUAGAUUCCUAUGAAGUGGAAUCCAAGCUGUUUGUAUUUUUCUUUUAUACUUUCCCCUACCAUAGCCAUACUUUCUUCAGUGAAGAAAUUCCCUCAACAUGGAACCAAAGCGCCUUUUCAGUUCCUGCUCCCUGGGAAAGAGUUAAUGCAAAGACACAACAAGAAAGGGGGAAUCGGACAGCUGAAGGAGAUGACUCAGCUUUCCUAUUUGGAUGUUUUUCACUCUUCUCUCUUCUCUCUGCUUUCUGUGUGUAACAUUGUCAGUCCUCCUCCACCCUGGCCCUGCACAUGAAUCAGGCCAACCUGUGUCUGCUCCUCCAUGGCUCACAUGCAGAUGUCCAACAAUAACAAAGUAUAAAGACUAACUCUUAACCUGAGAUUCAGACUGGUCAGAGGUUUGUUUGGUCCAAGAAAGUAAGAAAUGGAAAUGUGUUUGUUGUAAUAAGAGAAUUUCAGUCAUUUUACUGUACCAAUGCAUUUCUUUUGUUUUUUAAAGUUAGAUGGACAAAAUAGUUUAAUUGCGCUACAUUUUAUAUGAACAUCAACUUCAUUUUUACAUUAUGGUAAUCUGGAACCUAGAGCCUUUUCAGUCUCUAUCUUCUGAUGACGUAUAGAUAACAAGUUUCUUAACAUUUCACACUACUAUCAAUCAAGGAAAUUGUCUUUUUAUUUAUAAAUAUAGUUUUAUGACUUAA